ACAUUUGCGGCAUUAUAUAUAAGAGGAAGGUAAUGCUACCUAAAGAAACAUCAAAGCCAUAGCCUACCAUUCAAAGUAAGGUGAGAUUUACCAGCAAUUCGAUCAUGUCAAGCGUUUCAACAGUCCCAGCUACUACUCCAAGAUUAGAGGGCAAGGUGGCAAUAAUUACUGGAGGUGCACGUGGAAUUGGCGAGUCAAUAGCAAGAUUAUUCACCAAACAUGGGGCGAAAGUAAUUAUUGCGGACAUCUUAGACGAUUUGGGUAAUUCUGUGUGUGAGGACUUGGGGCUUGAACUAGCUUCUUUUGUACACUGUGAUGUAACAAUUGAAUCAGACAUAGAAAAUGCUGUCAACAUUGCCGUUGCCAAGCAUGGAAAGCUUGACAUAAUUGUCAACAAUGCUGUUGUAAUAGACAAAGCAAAACCCAGCAUUCUUGACAAUGACAUGUCCGAUUUUGAGAAGGUAAUUAGUGUUAACUUAACAGGCGUGUUUCUAGGCACUAAACACGCAGCCCGCGCAAUGAUUCCAGCACGAAAGGGUAGCAUUAUUAUGGUCGGUAGCGUUUCUUCAAGUAUCGGUGGGGUGGCAAGCCAUGCAUACACAGCCUCUAAGCACGCAGUGAUUGGAUUAACCAAGAAUAUUGCCGCAGAACUCGGUCAAUUUGGGAUCCGUGUGAAUUGUGUGUCACCUUACUUCAUACCAACGAAAGUGGCCUUGGAUUUUUUCAAUAUGAAUGAGGACGAACCAUCGGGCGUGUAUUCAAACCUUAAGGGGGUUACACUUUGUUCAGAGGAUGUGGCUGAAGCUGCUCUUUAUUUGGCAAGUGAAGAGUCCAAGUAUGUUAGCGGGCAUAAUCUUGCACUUGAUGGUGGCGUCACUGUUAUAAAUCCAGCUUUUGGCUUGUUUGCAAGAGCUAAUUAAUAGUUUACUUCCAAUCCAUGUAAUUUUUCUUGGCUCGUGUGCAUCUAUGUGGUUACAUGAAUGGUAACUAGUUGUUGUUUGAUGUUGGGUAUCUAAAAUAAUAAU